GAUUUGAAAACUAGGCAUGGAGAGUUGUGUAUUUAUUGCACUCAUGCCUUCACAGCACUAGUGCCAGUUUCUAAUAAAACAUGUUGCUCUUACUAAUGGAGGCAUUAACUGCAAAUAAACAGAGGCCAAAAGUGCAGUAUUGAUGAAUGACUGCAAAAAAGUAUUUGGACAUAUUUUGGUUAUAAUAUUUUGUAGGUAGCCUUUCACACAUUCUUAUUUGGUGUAUUUUGAUGUCGUUUACCAGCCAGUUCCUACUACAGCAUUCACACUUACUCCGUUUACAUGCAGCCUAAUAAUCUGUUAAUAAUCCGCCUGAUAGCUCAGUAGGAAUAGAAAAUAUUCACGCAAACACCUCGAUCGGAUUAAAGUAAACCGACUGAGACCAAUCCGAAUGAAAUUUCUAUCCGAUUGAACGAGGUGGAUAAUCAUUUUAAUAAUCCGUGAAAUAGAAGAGGACUAGCCAUGUAAACGCCUGUGUCUGUUUACUUUCUCUGUUGGAAUCAGCCUGUCGUUCUGCGCAUGCGUGUUUGAGUCACGCAAGAAAAUACAGCUCAUGUUAGAUUUUAAUCUAGUUAAAAAAUAAAUUUAAGGUUGGAUUCAAACUAACCGUAACUGACCUCGGUUCAGCGUUUAAUAUUCGCCAGACAUUCACAUGCACAGAGUGAAAACUGUAACAUAUUGGUAACAUUAGAGAAUAAAUAAAAGCAUUACAUAACUGAGGAUUGUCUAUCGAGUGUCCAGUUUAGGAUACAUAUAAACACUGGCAGUUGGAAGGAAUUCACUCCGAGUGGCCAAAAAAAUUGCUCUACAAAGUACAAAGUCCCGGAACUAUAAAUCGGACUCGAUGUUUCAGACGGACCCAAGCCGAGAGGGACACUGUUGCCACAGGCAGCACUUGGCGUUGCUUUGCUGGAUUAUCAAUGCUGUCAGCCUUUCACUUUCAAAACAUGGAGUUAAUAAGCGGAGACUGUCUAUAAAACCGUCAUACGUAAAUCCCUUCUCCAGGAGCCGAGCAGUGGAGCUUAUUUCGGGCUGAAACCUGCCGUUCCGGACUCACUGCAUCGAGUUUAAUGCAUACGGAGCUGGAUAAACAAGCUAACGUUAGCAUGUAACUACAGCAUUAGUUUACACGGCAAAACGCAGUGCGGGUGCAUUUAUAUGGAUUAACAGCUGUUUGUUUACGAAGCGGCUGUAUUUGAUUAAAGCACCGACGGUAGCACUGAUUGACCCUGGCUGUGUUUUUAAAGCGAGGAGCGCUCUGACAUGUCCUACAGUCACCUCUCACCACAGACCCGUCCUUCCCUCACCAGCACUGGGCAUCAUGACAGAGAGAGUUCCUCUGGCCGAGAAGGCCAUGUCGGAGGGGUUCGCUCGGCUCCGGUACAGAGACACUUCGCUGCUCAUUUGGCAGCAGCAGCAGCUGGAGCUUGAGAAAACACCGACCAACUACCUGACGCGCAGCCGCAGCGCCUGGUACAGUCAGUACGGCAACCAGGCCGUGGUGGUGCGGGACAAGAGCGCGUUACACGAGCCCCAGAGCGGCUCCCGCAUAUGUUCUGUCAUGUAACAGUGUCACGGGAUUAUAACAGUCCUUAUUUAUAGACAGAGCGACCAAGUCUCAUGGCAGCUUCUGAUACUGUCUUGGAAAUAGUUGGACGCAACUAGAAAUUUAAUAUGAAAUGUAUGUUCCUCAUGUCUGAUGAUAUUUCUGAGACUCUCAGGUGGCAUACAAAAAAAACCAAACCAAAACAAACAAA